AUGGCGGGGCAUGAAUUGCCCCUCCGCUCAACUCGAUCACUCAUCUCAAUGAUUCGACUUUUCCUUUUCCUUUCAAUUCUCCCAUCCAUCACCUCCACUGUCGUCUGUUAUGUUUGUAAUGGUCAAUCGUCGACGGCCGGCCAUUUUUGUUCGCUCAGCGAUCUUUGCGUUGGACCUUCUUGUUUCUUCAAUGUGAAUGACAAUGGAACCUGGGAAGCUGGUUGCAAUCCGACAAUUGGAGAGGCAACGUCGGCAAAUUUGUCUUGCACUUAUGCCUCCCCGGAGACGCAAUGCGAGUGUGUUGGGAAUUUCUGCAAUAAACUCCAGACAACGCUGCCAUUUCUGAAAACAUUUUGGGCAACGAGUGCACCCGGGAUAACCAUCUCUCCUGUUUUACCAACAGACAACGCUGUGCCUUGCUUUGAAUGUGGAGAGAUACAAAUCAAUGGAAGUGUGAUGGUGUUGCCGUGUGAUCGAAAUCAUUUAUGCCAAGGAGGGUACUGUAUGACGGUCAAAGGCGAAUACCCAUACUCGUUGUGCGCCACGUCGUGGGACGGAAGCUCGGAGGUGCAAUGCUUGAAACAGUCGGGACAACAGGAGAGAUGCGUCUGCGCUGGUCAAAUGUGUAAUUUCCCGUAUGGACCUGAUCAAAUACCGCCCACUGUGCCACCCACACAAGGACCAAACACUGAUUGUCCUGAUGGCUAUCAAUGGAAUCCGAAUCAACAAGCGGUGAAUAUGGGAAAUAAAUUGAAGGAUAUCAUCAUGAACGGUUUUGGGGGAAACUCGCAAGCUUUGCAGAAUUUCCAAAACGGAAUCAACACUCAUAUUUGUGGAUAUUCGAAGAAA